AUAAAGUCCAACUAGAAAAGAAAUGGUUGGAUGAAGCCUGGCAGGCUGCCUUCGUAUCUGCAGUUUGAUCCCCAUUCCUGUGCCCUGUGUCUGUCCUCCACAUUUGCAGGGUGACCGUCCCGAUCUCAGACUGCAGAGAUGGACCUGCUCCACAGCUGGGGAGUGAACCUAGCCAUCCAUUUGCAGACGGAGUACCUGGACUACGAGAAUCUGUUUCAGUGGGUGUCCUCUGUGGCCGAUCUCCACACCACGUUCUUUGUGUUUUUUCCCAUUUGGUUUCAUCUGCGCAGAGACAUAGGUGUUAAACUCAUCUGGGUGGCUGUGGUUGGAGACUGGCUGAACCUGGUGCUGAAGUGGGUGCUGUUCGGUGAGAGGCCGUACUGGUGGGUACAUGAGACUAGGUUUUAUGGUCCUAUAAAACGUCCUGAACUGCAGCAAUUCUCCAUCACAUGUGAAACUGGACCAGGAAGCCCGUCGGGUCACGCCAUGGGUUCUGCGGGUGUUGGGUAUGUGAUGGUUACAGCAGUGCUUUCCAUUGUGGCUGAAAGAAAACCACCUCCUUUACAAUAUAGAUGUUUGCAGCUGAUGCUCUGGAUGCUUCUGGGUUUGGUGGAGUUACUGGUGUGCAUGUCUAGAGUCUAUCUGGCAGCUCAUUUCCCACACCAAGUUAUCAGUGGAGUUUGUUCAGGUAUAAUUGUAGCAGAAAUAUUUUCCAGAGUGCAGUGGAUCUACAGCGCUAGUCUGAAGAAGUACGUCUGCGUGACUCUGUUCCUGCUCUUUUUCGCCGUGGGUUUUUAUGUGCUUCUGAAAGCUGUGGGUGUGGAUCUGCUGUGGACAUUGGCUAAGGCCCAGAAAUGGUGCAUCAAUCCAGAUUGGGUCCUUUUGGACAGCACCCCCUUCGCCAGCCUGCUGAGGAACAUGGGCACACUUUUUGGUCUGGGGCUUGGUCUUCACCUGUCAGGCUACAGUCAAACAGCAGGCCAGAAUCACGGCAGCGUCUCGGUCAGGACAGCAUGCAUCGGCGUGUCAUUGGUGCUGCUGCAGCUCCUGGACAAGAUGACGUUUUCCUCAAGCAACAUGUUACUUUUCUACCUUCUGUCAUUCUGCAAGAGCGCUGUGGCCUUGGUGCUCCCCACUGCACUCAUUCCUGGAGUCAUAUGUUGGAUUUCAUCAAAAAGCAAGCAUGAAAAGGACAUUUAAUGCUGAUUUAAAGUUAAAUGCAGUGGCUCAGCAAACAUUUUUGCAGUGCGCUCUUUAUAAAAUACCUCAUAUGGCAUGUACAGGAUGGGAAGCUGCAAAACUGCCCUCUGACCAUUUAUCAAUUUAAAAGGAGAGAGAGAAAGAAAAGAUCUUAGAAAUGUAGUUCUUUGAAAUGUACUUUGUAUUCAUAUUGGUUCAUUUUUUUGGGAGUCGCACCACAUUACUUUCACAACCUCAACUUUUUUUUUUUUUAUAAUAGGUAUUUUUCUGAUGCAGACAAAUGAUUUUCAAAUAUUAAUAAGCAGUGUAGCAGUUUUGUGAAAAAUAAUUAGAAAAUAAAAAAUAGUUUUAUACAAGAUUAUGAGAAAAAAAGAACUUUCAUAAAGCAUUUCAUCCUUUUAGUGAUUUUUUUUCCCCUACAGUAUGUCAUUUAGAAACAUUAUUAAAUAUGAAAAGUUGGUCAGCAUUAUAUAUAAAAAACCUUUUUAAGGUAUAGUUUUUAAAUAUUUUAGAAAAAUGUUCUGCAAUACAUUUCAUAAAGCAAGUGAAAAUGUAUUUGUUCAUGAAAAAAUUAGGAAAUAUUUUUUAUUUUAACUUUAUUUUUUAUUUUAUCUUUAUUUUUUAUUCAUACAUUAAUAAAGAAUAACAAUAAUAAUUCAUACAUUUUUGGGAGUUGCACCAUAUGACAUUUUACAGCCUAAACUAAUCUAACAUUUGCAGAGGUUUAUUGACCUUUACAUAGUCAGAGACAAUUUUCUUUUUUAUAUCAAAAACCCAUAGAAAUAAUUAAAGGUUAUGCUAAACUGCUUAAUAAUUCAUUUGAAAGAAUUGCAUCCUUUUAAUGCAAUAAUGAGCUUGUCUUUUAGAAAUGUUGGGUUCUGUACAUUGUUCAUAUGACGGCUGUUAAAGGGAUUAUUCAGCUCAGUAACUUAUAUAAGAUUUAUAGCACCAUUCAUCUAUGUAUUAUUUGGAGCUACACUUUAAUAUCCUACCAAAAACUGGCUUUAGAUGAACAGCAGAUGAUUCACAUUAGAUUGCAUUUUUUAUUUUUAUUUUUUAUUUUUUUUGCAAAUGGGUAUUUAAUUUUUUUAAAUAUAUUUUUCAAUUAUAUUGUAUUACUUCAAAUAUUAAGAUUAUAAGUGAUUGCAUGCAGUAAUAAAUGUUGGAUAUCUCUUGGUGUCUUUUUAUGACUUUAAUUAUGAAAUAUUGUGUCUGGGAUAGAUUUUUGUUUUUUUGUUUUAGUUGAAUGAAUGCAUGCAUAUCUUUCAGAUUGACUUACUAACUACUUUAACUGCACAUGAUGUUGAAUAAUGAAACAAUGUUUGCAGUGGUGUUUGCUUCUGGUUCACUGAUACUUUUCAAGCUUAUCACCUCUUUCCAGUUCCAGUGAGUCCAGGUGCAGAGGCUUCCUACAGUAGUGCAUUGUAAAAAUGAUUUUUUCACAUUUGUAAAUAAAAUCAUUAUUUUACAUUUUAUAAGAAAA